CAGAGAUGGCUAAGCAAAGUUGACCAUUGGACCCUAGACUUCUUGUAAGUCAACAUCCGGACGUUGAUCAUUCCCUCUUUCGGAUUGUCACUCCUUUCCUUCUCUUUGCUCUUCAUCAUUAUGCACAUCAAGUGGGAAAUAAUCUCAUCUUCACCAAAGACAGGAACUCUGCUCCAAUGACUCUAAAAGUGGACUCUACUCUGUUCUACUUGCCUAGGUCAGCCAGAUGAACACACACAAACCAGCCCACAAAGCCAAGGCUAGGCAUCUGUGCUUCCUCCUCCUCAUGUGCUUCCCUUUGGCGUGGGGUGGCGUCCCUGGUCCAUGUCGGCACUCUGUGACAAAGGGUCACCUCCUCAACCUCAAUUGCCUGAUUGAUAAUCAGUUGGAGAAUGGCUGGUCAAUAACCUACGUGUUCACUGAGCGCCAGAGUUUGAGUGAAGUCUGUUACAUCAAAGCAGCAUUUCCACAAAUCCUGGAGCUUCUGAACACACACUUCCAGUAUGUCAGGAAAUCGGACAACGGGCGUUAUGUCAAACUCCUGAAAAGGGUCAUAUAUGACCUCUACUCCCAAAACUGCAUACCUGAAAUUAAUGAGGAGAUUGAGGACACCCCAUUGAAGUUUGUCAGAAUGCACAGCACCUCGCCCAGAGAUGCUCUGACGAAAGCCCGGGGGGUCAUUGAGAUGUACAUGACCCUGAUCACCAAGAGCAACGGGCCCGUCGACUGGAACUGCGAGGAAGAGUAUGCAGAGGAUUACCUAGAAUCCACCACUGCCCUUCCCACCACCACCGCAGCUGAACCUGAACGCCAGUGUACAUGUCCAACAGUGGGUCCGGUGACCCCUGAUGUCUCCCUGGUGUCCCACAGCGUAUGGAGCAGUCCUCCACAGCUCACCCUCUCCCAACUCACCUCGAUUGUGCCUCCCAGGCCGACUCAUCCAUCCCUGGGUACCAAGGGCGCUGAGCCCCGGGUGUUCCUGGUGAGUUCUGAUACCGUAAGACCCCCCUUCCCCAGGGAGCUGCAGCAGACUGUCCCCGAUGGACGUUCACUUGGAGGGGGCAGAGAGGGGGAUAUACACUGGGACUUUCAUCCACCUUCACCCAAUGGAACUGAGUCAGAUUCUGCACUCUACCAGGCAGUUGCUGACACCCCGUCUGCCACGAACGACCCUUCCCCGUCUUCCCCUCCUAGUCUGGUUCUCCUGGGGACCGUUGGCUCCCAUGACGAGACAUUUUACUACCCCCAGACUGAGAGGAAAAGGGAGACUUCCACAGACCGACCAGCAGGGAGAGAAGCAGCAGGCUCACCCCACAGUCCCUUCGCUGUUGCUGGGGCCAAGCUUGUCACACCAGUCCCUUUCCUUUACAAGUUGAUUGGCAUCACCCCCAGUAGUGAUGAGAGCACUGCCUAUGUGUUGGCCAAGAGGUCGCUGGAUGCCAGGAACUAUGGAAUACUUCAGGAUGGGGUUUCAACAGAGACCCCUCAACUAGAGGACACUAGAGAAAAAUACCCAGGCUCAGAGAGAUAUUUACAUGACUGGAACCCUCCGAUUGAAAGCACUAUGACCGAAGCAUCUCCACGUUUGAAGAUGACAGUGGAGGAGCCAGACAAACAACACACAACUACAGAGGCACCCGACCAAGUCACGAAGACUGAGCCAAACCAUCCUAGGACAUCUUAUAAGGAAGUAUUCAGCACAGAUAUCCUGUCAGAGAGGACAGAUGUGGACGAUGCUCCUAUUUCAGAAAGGUCCAAUGAAGGCUCAGUGAAGGAAUUCCGGCAUGGGAAAACUGGUCAUUCCGAUUCAAGCAUCUCCUACCAGACAGCCUUUAUCAUUGCAGCAGUGUGCGGCGGACCAAUCCUGAUCAUAACCCUAUUCUGUCUCAGUGAGAAGAAGAGACUCCAAGCCUUUAUCCACAGUACCAGCAUAAUUGAAAACCAGAGGGCAUGCAGCAGCAUUGAGGACAUUGAGCUACAAUAUUGUAAAGCCAAGGAGUGAGAGAGCUGGAUUGGUUUUACCUGCCAGUAAGAGAUCAACAACCACGUAAUUCAUCAAACAAGAGAAGACAUGGAAAUUUGGCAACUAUUUCCCUCUUGUGAAAGUUUUCCAUUUUUGUAUAUAAAUAUAAAAAAAUGUCUAAAGGUACCUAUUUUUAUACAAAUUAAGUUUAUAUUGCUUGAAAGAUUUAACAGAGAAUCAUAUGCUCUCCAAGUUACACAAUAUCUGCAUGCUUCCGUUUUUGCUGUCAAAAAGGUUUGAGUGAAUUUAUCUGUUACACACAGCGUUAACUUGACUCUCAAAGACUGUUUGGACAGUUUCAUGCACACCACACACACAGCUUUGAUCUUCCAUGAAAUAGAAUGGACCAAACAAUCCUCUACGUUUUGACCUAGUAGCCAUCAGCGCAACAGUGCAAGUCAACAUUAAACUAAAGGAAGUCUUUCCAUGUGACUGAAAGAGUCUCAUGACAUUGUUCAAUGGAGUUGGGCCCAUGAGCCAAAGCAAUACAAGGUGUCAUCACCUCAAGUGGACAGAGGAUAUAUUUUUGGGGAUCAAUAGCUUAAAUACAAACAGAUUAAAUACAAACAGAACACCCAUAGUUAUUUGUUUUGAGUGUACUCCCUACAUGCCAUGAAGGCAUACUAGAUUCAUUUGACUUCUGAUAUUCUCCUGUUUUAUCCCUACCAAAUGAAGAAAAGGAUUUCAACCUGUCUCUCAUGCCAUGAUGCCAAUGAAAUUGUGUUAUAAAACGGGUAAUUUGGAUACUGGAUGCUGAUUGGUUGAUAAGAGUUAGUUAUUCACAAUAAUCCACGACAAAUGCCAGUUCCAUUUGAAUUAUCAUUGAGCAUCCGCUGUCCCACAGCUGAGCCAGGCAAUUCAUAAACUUUCUAUCAGAGUAAAAAAAGCAUCUACACAUUAUUUCCCUUUACUUCUAGCCUAUCAUUUGAUUUUCAACAGCGGAGGUUUAAACAUGCUUGUUUAUUAUUGCUUG